CCCCCUGAGUGCGCGGGCCAGCGGCGAGGAGAAGAAAAACACAGUGUGAAAUUACUAUCCCCCCGUGUGCUAGCGCGCGCGCGUGUGUGAAGUUGCUCUCCUCCGCGAACUCCGCCUCUCGCUCACCCCCGGGAUAGCCAUGGAUAGAAAGCAGAGGAUCGUCAGCCACCGCACGCGGGUCGCGAUAAUGAACCUAUUGCUGCUCUGCACCGCACCUGUCAGAGCGAACGUCGAAGAGGCGCAGAUGGACACGCACGAGGGCUCGACGGUGCAGUUGCAGUGCCGAUUCCCGCCGCCACGGGAGAACGUGACGUGCUUCUGGCUGACCCACACGACCCACAAUCUCGACAACGCGGCGAUCGAGGACCGCGCGCUGUCGCCGUUCUACAAGGUGUACAUGAAUCUGCAGGAGGGCCGUUACGAUCUGCAGGUGAGAAAUGUGUCCUACGAGCGUGACAACGGCAAGUACGAGUGCAAGCUGAAGGUCAGCGGCACCGGGACCGAUUACCACCGGAAGUACAUCACCCUGACGGUGCUGAAGGCGCCGGGUCCGCCGACGAUAUCGCCGACCUCCGCACCGGCCACGGAGGGCAAGAAGCUGGAGUUGCAAUGUAACACCUUCGGCGGCAGCCCCGAGCCCGAGGUGAGGUGGUACCGCGGCAACAGCACCAGCGUCCUGCACACCGGCAGGAUCCUGACGUUGGAGCCCACGCGGGAGGACGACCGGGAGAGCUUCCGGUGCGUCGUGAGAAACCGGGCGAUGCGCGAGGGCGAGACUCUGGACGCCACGGUGACGCUCGACGUCAACUACUUCCCACGCGUGUCCGUCGGCCCGGAGAACCCGCUCAAGGUCGAGGUGAACGGCACCGCGACCAUCAAGUGCCACGUGGACUCGAAGCCGAAGGUCCCCAUGGUGCGCUGGUGGCGGGACGGCAGUUUCAUCGCCACCCACUUCGAGCACAACAUAGCCAGGGUGACGCUGCAGGACGUCGGCACGUACACCUGCCAGGCGGAAAACGGGGUCGCUAAGACCGCCGAGGCCUCCCUGCGCCUGGACGUGCUCUAUCCGCCGACGGUGUCGAUCGAGGGUGAAUCCAUCAGGGUGGCCGAUGUGGAGGACAGCGUGACCGUCCACUGCAACGUGUCCGCCAACCCGACGCCGUCCGUCAUCGAGUGGCUGCGAGACGGCCGACCGGAGUUCAGGCAGGCGGGCUCGAUCCUGCGACUGACCCGUGUCACCGCUGAGCACGCCGGCAACUACACGUGCCGCGCCGUCAACACGAUUCACCCUACCGGCGGCGAGCGCAGGAACCAUUCGGCCUUCGCCAGCGUGACGAUCCGCGUGCGGCACAAACCCGGCCCGGCCAGGGUCACCCCGGACUCGCCGGUCGCCGUCGAGGGCUCGCGGGUGAUACUCACGUGCAUGACCAGCCCGGCCGGUUAUCCCGAGCCGUCGUACAAGUGGUGGAAGAUGGUCGAUGGUAACUUGAUCCCGUUGUCGUCACCGUCCGGCUCCAAGUACGAGAUCGACUCGGUGCACCUCGGCAGCGAGGGCACCUACAAAUGUCAUGCCAUGAACGAGAUCGGCAACGGCGAGCCCGCGUCGGUGCACCUGACCGUUCACCAGCCGCCCAAGAUUCUCACCAAGCUGCAGCCCCAUGUCACGAGGAAGGUCGGCGAGUCGUCGUUCCAAGUAUCCUGCGUAGCGCAGGGCAAACCGCGGCCUAGCGUGCGCUGGCUGAAGGACGAUCAAGAAUUAACGGCCGACGAGAGGCUCUACAAAGUAAUUACGACGGCGUCGGAGGGCCACGGUAGCGUAAUAACCGUAAAUUCCACGCUGAGUUUUCUGGGUCACGCUCGUCCGCAGACCGACGAAAUCGUGGCGAGCGAUCGCGGCAAGUACACCUGCGUCUUCGUGAACGAGGUGAAGAAAGUCGAGUCCACGAUGAUGCUCAAGGUGGAGCACGAGCCCAUAGUUCUCCAUCAGCACGGCAAAGUGGCCUACAAUCUCCGGGAGACCGCCGAGGUGGCCUGCAAGGUUCAAGCGUGGCCGAAACCCGAGUUCCAGUGGAGCUUCGGCACCAACGCCGCGACUCUUCAGGGCUCCUCGAGCGACGGCCACUACGAGAUCACCACCACGAGCGACAACUACGACGCGUACACGUCCGUUUUGAGGAUGUCCAACAUCCGCGAGUCCGACUACGGUGAUUACACUUGCCGCGCCGCCAACGCUCAGGGUAGCGUCACGUCCACCAUCAGGUUGCAGCCUAAGGGAGCGCCGGAGAGACCGACCAACAUCACCGCGAUGGAGAUCGGACCCACGUAUGUCACCCUUUUGUGGCAGCUGGGCUUCGACGGUGGCCUACCGAUCACGAAAUACUUCGUUUCGUAUCGACGAGUCGCCGGUGGCGACGAGAUAGUCGCGCCAGACUGCGCGCCUCCUCGGGGACCAGCCGGUCAAUGGCAGGAACUCGAUUGUCGGCGAUCGAACCCGUGUAACGUGACCAGUCUCGAGCAACAUCAGACCUAUACCUUCAAGGUGAAGGUCUACAACACUAAGAACCAUUCCGAUUAUUCCGACGAGGUGACCGCCACUACGGCGGUGGCCAAGAUACCCACGCCGCUCAGAGUUAGCUUCGAUCCAGAAAGUAGCACGCUCGCUAUUAACGUGGGCGCCACAUGCCUGGCAUUGGUGGCGUCUAUCGAGAAGUUCGACGGAGGCUUGGAUAGUUCAUGGCGAAUCGUCGACGAGUGGCCCCUCGAAGUUCUCGGAAGUAAUCCUACUCAAAGAGAGGGAGUAUUGGACGAUCCCGAAGCGGCCGACUCGGAACCCCGACUAAGAGUUAGGCUGUGCCUCAAAGCCGACCGGCAGAAAUGCGGCGAGUACGCCGAAGCCGAGAUCGGGCCAUCCUACAUUGCACAAGCCGGUUCUCUCGGAACGCCAACUUUAAUCGCCCUGAUAGUAAGCGGAGCAGUUUUUCUACUCUUCGCGGCCUUGCUGCUACUGUUUUGCCGAUGCCGGCGGAAACACGCGACCAAGGCGAAAGAUUACGAAAUGGACUCGAACGCCGUCCGGCCGAGCCUCGUGGCAGGUAACGGUCAGCAAACCCAACCACCGCCACCGUAUUAUGCCGAGAACAAAGCACUGGAGCACAGCCUGGAUCACGCCCUGGCUCUGGAAGAUUCAAAGACGCCCGCUUAUUCGCAAUCGGGAUACGGUUACCAUCAGCCUAAUCACAAUAUCAACGGCGUGAAUAUGGGCUACAUGGACAACAGUUACUCGAAUUCCAACAACGGCGGUUCCGUCAAUUCGCAAGAUUCCAUAUGGCAGAUGAAGUCCGCCGCGGCGAACGGUGUCAACCAGCCGUACGACCUCGCCGGAUACGGUACCACGGAGUCCGAUUAUCCCACGCACCCUCAUUAUCUCCCGCAGCGAGAGGACUACAGAGAAAACCAUAAUCUAAGCCGGCAGCAGUUCUGCACGGAGCCCUUCGCCGCCGUCGUCAAGUCUCAGAAACACGUCGAUUCGCCUUACGACGUGUCGGGUCUGCCGUACCAGGAGAAUUAUGACGAGGACACGAAGCCACCGCAACAGGCCAGCCUCUCGUACGACGAGAGCCUCGAGUCCGGCUAUUCCACGCCGAAUAGGCGUAGGAUCAUCCGGGAAAUAAUCGUUUGAGACCUGCCUACCGGCUCACGAGCC